GAAGCUACGUCAGUGAAGACUGAUAUCAAAUACAAGGAAGUAAAACAUAAACGAAAUUCCAUGAAUCAUCAUAGAAUCCCAAACUGAAAACGAAACUACGAGUUCAAGACUAUAAAAAGAAAGCAGAGAGCGGAUAAAACAGAAUAGUUUCUCACGAGUUAAGUAAGGGUCAUCGAAUUUACAUUCAGAUAUAGUCGUCAUUUGAUUUAGUUGAAAUGGGGAAUGCGGCAAAUACUACACUUAAAGAAGACAUACGAGUGGAAAUAACAAAAGAACUAAUUCAAGAUUACCAGGAAAAAAUACAUGUUGUUGACCAGACCAUGUCGGGAUUUGCUAAAUCACUGGACUCGCUGAAGGCGUCAUGUGAACUAUUACUUCGGGAGUCUGACAAGCGGGUGACUGCCCCUCAAGAUAAAGACAAAGUCAGCUGUCAAAGCAACAUGGACGAAGAAGCAGAGUUAGCUGUGCAAGUACUGAAAACAAUACAUGAAAGCUUGUCGGAUCAGAAAAUAACAGCAUUUGAGUCUCUCAUCAAGCUGCUUCAUUUUAUAGCUGAAACAGGAAGAAGGUAUACACAUGAUGCAGGAAAUGCUAUGGAACUGUCAUUGGAGAAAUACAUGAAAACUAUCCACACAGAAAGCGAUGCAAAAAAUACACAGCUGCCUUAUUAUGAAGCGAGAAUACAAGACCUAAGAAAAGAACUAUCACUGCAAAUCAAGUUAAACAAAACAAAUGAAGAUGAAAUCAGAAUGCUGAAGAAAAGGGUCGACUCUUUUCCGACCGAAAGGGAUAAAUUAAAGAGUAGAAUAAAAACCAAGGUCGAAGAAAUUGAACGUUUAACUGACAAAAUUGAGAGGAUCGAACGCGAAACAGAACAUCCUGAAAACGGAUUUGAGUACGUAUCUUCCGCUGAAAUGAAUAACGUACAGGAAAGGAAUCACACGACGGAUGAGUCAAUGGAAUCAAACCUUACAUUCGUAUCAAGUCAUUUUCAAGAUGUAUCUGAUGAGUUUCAAAAUAAGGGUGCAGCACAUCAGCCCCAAGAUCAGAUGGGUACCAAAGAUAGCAAAGUAUCUGAAUUGACGCAUGAAAUCAUGACUUUGAAGUCCAGAUUGAAUUCUCUUUACGAGAAAACAUGUAUACACGUCCAGGUUUUAAAUAGAAGCGCAGCGAAGAAAUCUGUUGCUGAUGUGAUUGAAAAGCUCAAAUCCAAGAUUGACAUUCCUACCUGCGAGUUGUACAUAAUAAAGAGAAAAGAUACUGUAGAAGUAGAUCCAGAACUACCGUUACUGGUUUUUGGUCACACUAAACAUGGCCCCUCAGGUUCAGCCAGAGAAGCGCUACAGGGUUUAGAAGGUUCGUACUCAUCUUUUAAAUUUCUUUUAUUUAGAUGUUCGUAACUGCACUGUCUUUAAUUAUAUACGUAAGAUAUUUUCAAGCAUAGUUUAUUCUUAAGUUAUUUACUAUGAACAAGACUAUAAUUAUGUCAACUUGAUUCUUAGUUAAAAACUUCUAAAAUAUUUUACUACUUCUUUUCUCUAAAUUUCCAACCGUACAUAGCAAAGAAGACGAUGGCAUUGCUGCUAGUACACAGAGAUAUAUCCGAGUCAGGUAUUCGGUCAAGUGCUGCUACAAUCUUAACUGAGAAAUACAAGUCGCUAGGUGGAAUAUUUGACAUACUACACGACCAUCAAAAGGAAAUCGUACAGGGAGACUUAAAUAGCAGAAGUUUGAAUGAGCUUACGAAAUUCAUAAACAAAUAUGGUGUUAAAAAAUCAAGAGUCGAAACAUUUCAUAUUGAGUAGAAACAUAAACUAUCACAAUAAACACAUUUUUGUAUUAAUUUUAGUACUGAUAAUGAAAAAAGGACAGGAAGUAGCUUUUUGCCGCUUGCUAACUAAAGACAACGCGGAUGCAUGAAUGAACAAUUUAUUUCUUUAACAUGACU